GGGGCUGACAGUGGAGCUUCUCAGUUGGCAUCUCUGACUUGGGAUUCAUGGCCAGGGACGGGUGGCAUGGCCAGGCAGGUGUUUUCCUGGGGAAAGAGCCCUCCUGAAUGACUUUAUUUCCUUCUUCCCCACAGCUGAUAGUCGAAAAAACGACUGACUACCCUUCAGCUGAGUACUCCCUGGUGGAGGAUGUAGCCCUCCACUUCACGUGUUUGAUGGACAGACUGAACGAGCAGCGACUCUUUCAGCCGGACCUGUGCGACGUGGACAUCGUGCUGGUGCAGCACAAGAGCAUCUUCCCGGCGCACAAGGGGGUCCUGGCAGCCUACAGCCAGUUCUUCCACUCCCUCUUCACCCAAAACAAGCAGCUGCAGCGCGUGGAGCUCUCUCUGGAGGCCCUCACCUCUCAGGGCCUUCAGCAGAUCCUCAACUUCAUCUACACCUCCAAGCUCCUCGUCAACUCCUGCAAUGUGCAGGAUGUGCUGAAUGCGGCUGCCGUGCUGCAGAUGAACAAUAUUGCCUCCUCCUGCCAGGAUCUCCUCGACACCCACUCGCUCAGCCUGGCUGCUGACAUGGCCCUGCCCGCUGAGAGCUGUGCUGGACCCCCGCCUUACUACUGCGAGAUCAAGCAGGAGGUGGAUGCUCCCCAUCCCAAGAUCUACGCCCGGGAGGGCAAUGACCCCUACUCGGUGCGGGUGGAGGAUGGAGCAGGUGGUGGGACACUCCCCCCGGGUCCAGCCAAGCAGUACUACAAGGAGGAGAAGGAUGGUGGUCCAGGCACUGUCUGUAAGAUGGAGGGUGAGGAGUCUGAGGAGGACCUGGACAGCCAGGGCUCAUACAACCGGGAGCAGAUCAUCGUAGAGGUAAACCUCAACAACCAGACCCUCAAUGUCUCCAAGGGCAUGGAGGGGAAGGCAGCCGCCAGUGAGGCGGCGGUGAUGGGGCGGCCUGACGGUGAUGGGCGUGACACGGAGGAGGAUGGGGAGGAGGAGAAUGAGGAAGGAGAGGAGGAGGAGGAAGAGGAGGAGGAUGCAGAGGUGGGCGAGGAGGAAGAGGAGGAGCACAGUGAGGAGGAAGACCUGGAGGAGACAACGGAAGAAGAGGAGGAUGAUGAUGACGAUGAAGAUGUGUCAGAGAUGAAAAGAGAAAAGGGUGGACAGCCCCGCAGAGGCAGCCGGGCAUCCAAAGCCACCAAAUCUGCCAUGGCAACCAGGUCCCAGGAGAUGGCCAAGGUGGAAGAGGAGGAGGAGGAGGAGGAAGAGGAAGGUCAGCGAGGGAGGAAGAGGAAAAAAGAACAGGAUGGUUUGGGCCAGAAGGUGAAGCUGGAGGAGAAGCAGCACUACCCAUGCAAGAAGUGUCCCCGGGUCUUCAACAACCGCUGGUACCUGGAGAAGCACAUGAACGUCACGCACAGCCGCAUGCAGAUCUGCGACAAGUGUGGCAAACGCUUCCUGCUGGAGAGCGAGCUGCUCUUGCACCACCAGACCGACUGCGAGAAGAACAUCCAGUGCGUGACAUGUGGGAAGGGGUUUAAGAAGCUCUGGUCCCUCCAUGAGCACAACAAGAUUGUCCAUGGAUACGCUGAGAAGAAGUUCUCCUGUGAGAUCUGUGAGAAGAAGUUCUACACCAUGGCCCAUGUGCGCAAACACAUGGUUGCUCACACCAAGGACAUGCCAUUCACCUGCGAGACCUGUGGGAAGUCCUUCAAGCGCAGCAUGUCUCUCAAGGUCCAUUCACUCCAACACUCUGGGGAAAAGCCUUUUAAAUGCGAGAACUGCAACGAGCGCUUCCAGUACAAGUACCAGCUGCGGUCCCACAUGAGCAUCCACAUCGGCCACAAGCAGUUCAUGUGCCAGUGGUGUGGCAAGGACUUCAACAUGAAGCAGUACUUUGACGAGCACAUGAAGACACACACGGGUGAGAAGCCCUACAUCUGUGAGAUCUGCGGGAAGAGCUUCACCAGCCGCCCCAACAUGAAGCGGCAUCGCCGGACCCACACAGGCGAGAAGCCCUACCCCUGCGACGUCUGCGGCCAACGCUUCCGCUUCUCCAACAUGCUCAAAGCCCACAAGGAGAAAUGUUUCCGUGUCAGCAACCCCUUGGCUUUGGACACAGCCGCCCCCCAACCUGCUGCCAGCCCAGCCCCACUGCCCCCCGGCCCUGGUGUCUCCCCGCUGCCCUUGCCGCUGCUUCAUCCCCUUCCACAGACCCUCCCUCCUCCUCCUCACCUACCGCCACCCCCUCCGCUGUUUCCUGCAGGGAGGAUAAAUUUGAACAACAACUAGGUGCCCCCCACCCUGGCUAUGCGCCCGCACGGACUGCUCUGCCCUUUGGGAAUGCCUCCCCUGGGGAGACAAGGCUUCACUUACUCUCUGCCCCCCCUUCCUCCUCAUUUUGGGGUUGUUUGGGUUUUUU